AUGUCCGAGACGACAUAUAGGCCCAUCGACAGCGACGCCGACUGUGAGGAUGCCACCACAGCCCGGGAGCAUGAAGCGCGAUCGCAUACUCCCGAAACUUUGGAUCCGAAGGAGGAUGCGAGCAGUCAGCACUUAGACUCCACCUCGACUCCAAGGCCAUGCAAACGUCCCACCUCGAGCGGCAGCAUCUGGACAGCGCUGCUGGACUUCUGCUUGGUUCUGCCUCCGAUCUACUUCCUAGUCUUCGCUUUUCUCGUCUACUCAAGAGACCAGACGCCGGUCGAUACGACAGAUGAAGACAAUGCUCUGCUGCAAGCCGCCGCACUGGGCCCUACCCUCUUCCCCAUCGCUUUCGCCGCGAUCAUUGGAAGCUUCCUGAACGCUGUUGCAGCAUGGCGGAUCGAAAGAGGCGCCAGUGUUGCUACCUUGGAACAGCUACUGGGAUCAAAGACGGUCUUCAGUGCGGUCACACUCCCUGCUAAGCUGCAGGUGUUUACCUUUCUUGGGCCGUUGCUCAUUGCGCUGUGGGCUAUAUCGCCUAUAGGUGGUCAAGCAUCUCGACGCAUCGUUGACACGGGACUGCAGUAUCGGACAUCGUCCAUCAACGCCUCGUAUCUGGAUACCAACAAGCCAUACGACCUAUGGCGCAAUUCUGGCAAGCCAAGCGACUUUGCAAGAAACAGCGCCGCGUAUGUCACUGCGCUCCUAAACGCCGGUACUCUCAAACAUCGCCGUUGGGAUACAUUUCGCAACAUCAAGAUCCCAAUGAUCGAGUACCUGGACACUCGAGACGGUAGCGGUGGUGGGCAUGAGUUCCAAAACGUGCCCACGGAGGGAACCAUUGCUUGGUCGUCCUUGAUAGGUGUCCCUCACGCGCGGGUUCAGACCCUCCCAAAUUCCACGGUCGUUCCCAGUAUAUUGCCAGCAAACGCCGACACUUCUUUCAAUCUGGAAUCUAGCUAUCUCAACGCCGACUGCUCUGACCCACGUCUUUAUGAUGUAAAUUUCUAUUCCGGGAAACCUUGGAUUAAGUUGACGAACAGCUCAUAUCCAGAAGGCAUUACGCUACUCAAGAAUCCCGGCGAAUCCACGCAACUUGGCUUGGAAAAACAUUCAAGGAAUUCCACCGGUCCACGGAUAGUCCACUUCCAAUCCAUUGGCGGUAAUGGCAUGACCUAUGCGAGAUGCGCUCUUACCACAACAUAUGUGGAAUCUAAAGUGCAGUGUGACGGGACCGCUUGCUCUGUGACCGCGAUGAGACGGUCCUUGAAUCCUUGGACGCCGUCUCAUCUGACGCUGCUGGACUUUUCCAAUCCCGGUUAUCAAGAAGGAGAUAGAGACUUCUUCAUCAACUGGCUCGAGGCGACGCCAGGGAGCCGGAGCUCGACUUGGGCUAGUCCAAGCGACAUAUACUUCUCAAUGCCGGACAACCCAUUCACGGUUGAGGAGGAUGUAUCCGCAUUCAGCCCGGACAUCGCGGACCUUGACAAGCAAGCCUUCCAACUUCGGUUUGCUCAACUUCUGAAUACGGCGUACAUCGCCGGUGUCUCGCCGAGGGGUGCCACGGGAGUCUUCAAUCCUGGCUACACCUUAGCACCCGCCAACGUGGGCCAGGCCUACCCUGUCGCGGAAGAUGCCACGAGGUACGCGCAAGCCAUCGUCCAGCACUCGCGCACAGUACUGCGCUGCCACUACGGCUGGUUCGCGGUGCUGGUGCUCUCGUCACUGCUCAUGCUUGCCGCCGCCAUCGCCGCAAUGACGUUCAACCUGCUCAGGCAAGGGCCAGACAUUCUAACUUCCUUCUCAUCGCUACUGCGCGACAAUUGUCAUAUUGAUCUUCAAGGGCUGGGAUCCAUGGCGGAUGGACUGGAGCUGAGCCGAGCAUGGGCGAGGGAGAGAGUCGCCCUUGGCGACGUAGCGCCGGAGAAGGAAGUCGGGCAUAUUGCGAUUACCAGGGUGAAUAGUGGCAUGACCAGAUUGAUGAAGGGGCGAAUGUAUGAUUGA